AUGUCGUGUGGAUCUUACUGUGCCGGUUCCGGCCUAGGCCUGAGAGCCUUCAGCUGCGUCUCGGCCUGCGGCCCCCGACCGGGCCGCUGCUGCAUCAGCGCCGCUCCCUACCGCGGGGUCUCCUGCUACCGGGGCCUCACCGGCUUCGGCAGCCGCAGCCUGGGCGGCUUCUGCGGGGGCUACCGCGCCGGCUGCGGCCGCAGCUUCGGCUACCGCUCGGGCGGCGUGUGCGGGCCCAGCCCGCCCUGCAUCACCAGCGUGUCGGUCAACGAGAGCCUGCUGACCCCGCUCAACCUGGAGAUCGACCCCAACGCCCAGGGCGUGAAGCAAGAGGAGAAGGAGCAGAUCAAGUGCCUCAACAGCAAGUUCGCCGCCUUCAUCGACAAGGUGCGGUUCCUGGAGCAGCAGAACAAGCUGCUGGAGACCAAGUGGCAGUUCUACCAGAACCGGAAAUGCUGCGAGAGCAACCUGGAGCCGCUGUUCGACGGCUACAUCGAGACGCUGAAGCGCGAGCUGGAGUGCGUGGAGGCCGACCGCGGCCGGCUCGAGUCCGAGCUCUACCACGUGCAGGAGGUGCUGGAGGGCUUCAAGAAGAAGUAUGAAGAGGAAGUCACCCUGAGGGCCACGGCCGAGAACGAGUUUGUGGCACUCAAGAAGGACGUGGACUGCGCCUACCUGCGCAAAUCUGACCUCGAGGCCAACGCGGAGAGCCUCACGGAGGAGAUCAACUUCCUGCGGGCGUUGUACGAGGAGGAGAUCCGCGUGCUCCAGGCCCACAUCUCGGACACGUCGGUCAUCGUCAAGAUGGACAACAGCCGGGAGCUGAACAUGGACUGCGUCAUCGCCGAGAUCAAGGCUCAGUACGACGACAUCGCCAGCCGCAGCCGGGCCGAGGCCGAGUCCUGGUAUCGCAGCAAGUGCGAGGAAAUGAAGGCCACGGUGAUCCGGCACGGGGAGAGCCUCCGCCGCACCAAGGAGGAGAUCAACGAGCUCAACCGCAUGAUCCAGAGGCUGACAGCCGAGGUGGAGAACGCCAAGUGCCAGAAUUCCAAGCUGGAGGCAGCCGUGACCGAGUCAGAGCAGCAGGGCGAGGCGGCCGUCAACGACGCCAAGUGCAAGCUGGCCGGGCUGGAGGAAGCCCUGCUCAAGGCCAAGCAGGACAUGGCCUGCCUGGUGAAGGAGUACCAGGAGGUCAUGAACUCCAAGCUGGGGCUGGACAUCGAGAUCGCUACCUACAGGCGGCUGCUGGAGGGCGAGGAGUGCAGGCUGUGUGAGGGCGUCGGGGCCGUGAAUGUCUGCGUCAGCAGCUCCCGCGGUGGCGUCGUCUGUGGAGAUCUCUGCGCCUCCGGUGCCCGUGCGGUAACCGGCGGCGUCUGCAGCGCCGGGUGCGGGGGCAAUGUUGUCGUGGGAACCGGAGGCGGCUGUGUCCCCUGUGGGGGUGUCAGCGCCUGUAGCGCCCGCUCCUGUACCACCAGCUGCAACCGGUGCUAGAGGAUGGCAUCGGGCCCCGUCCGGUCUUCCCGACAUCUCUGCCUCGCCCUGGUUCCUUCCUGCCCCUUUAUUCGUGUCGACAAUAUUAGUUGCUCCCGUGGGUUCCCCUUCUCUGUCCCCCCCCCCUCCCCCGGUGCCACUGGACUGGGACCGUGGCAGCUGACCCGUCGUCACAGUGACCGGCGGGCCGCCAAUGGGUCCAGACCCGGUCCGGACCCCCGUGGGUGAGGCGGUGCCUUCUCUGAGCUGCCCGUGGUAGCCGGUGGUCCGGCGUGUCCACCCUCCCGCCCUUCCUGUGUGUCGGUCUUUAAUCCAAUAAACUGAAGUA